CUGGCCAGCAAUCCAUUACCACCAUUACUCAUCGGGGCGGUGUUUCCGGCUCUUCCUGAAUGGAGAUUUUGAAGUUUAUGGGGUAACUGUAAAAUCUGUCGGAAUCCAAAAUGGACAGUCAAGGAAGAAGCGUUGUCGUUUGUGACAACGGAACAGGAUUUGUGAAAUGUGGCUAUGCAGGAUCAAAUUUUCCCACCUUUUUGUUUCCAUCUUUGGUUGGGCGACCAAUUAUCAGAUCUCAAACUAAAAUAUUUGAUAUUGAAGUGAAGGAUUUAAUGGUAGGUGAAGAAGCCAGUAAAUUAAGGUCUAUGUUGGAAGUUAAUUAUCCUAUGGAAAAUGGUAUUGUACGAAACUGGGAUGACAUGUUACAUUUAUAUGAUCACACAUUUGGUAAAGAUAUGAUGAAUAUUAACCCACAAAAUACCCGAAUUCUACUAACGGAACCGCCAAUGAACCCAAUGAAGAACAGAGAAAGAAUGAUUCAGACAAUGUUUGAGAAAUACCAAUUUCACAGUGUACAUAUAGCAAUUCAAGCUGUUUUAACCCUAUAUGCACAAGGUUUACUGACGGGUGUUGUUGUGGAUUCUGGUGAUGGUGUGACACAUAUCUGCCCAGUUUAUGAAGGGUUUGCUCUGCCCCAUUUAACAAGAAGAUUAGAUAUCGCAGGUCGAGAUAUAACUAGAUACCUUAUAAAAUUGCUGUUAUUGCGAGGUUAUGCAUUCAAUCAUUCAGCUGAUUUUGAAACUGUUCGAAUGAUGAAAGAAAGAUUAUGUUAUGUAGCUUAUGAUGUAGAACAAGAACAAAAGUUAGCCUUAGAAACAACAGUUUUAGUUGAACCAUAUACUUUACCUGAUGGUCGUGUGAUAAAGGUAGGAGGUGAAAGAUUCGAAGCUCCAGAAGCAUUAUUUCAACCUCAUUUAAUAAAUGUAGAAGGUCUAGGUGUAGCUGAAUUACUCUUCCAAACUAUUCAAUCUGCUGAUAUAGACUUGCGACCUGAAUUAUAUAAACAUAUAGUGUUGUCAGGAGGUUCCUCUAUGUAUCCUGGCCUACCAUCAAGACUAGAAAGAGAGAUGAAACAAUUAUACUUGGAAAAAAUAUUGAAAGGAAAUGCAGAAAAAUUAUCAAAAUUCAAAAUAAAAAUAGAAGAUCCACCACGUCGUAAACAUAUGGUAUUUUUAGGAGGUUCAGUAUUGUCAGAUAUUAUGAAAGAUAGAGAUGAAUUCUGGAUGACUAGACAAGAAUAUGAAGAGCAAGGAAUCAGAGUAUUAGAUAAAUUACUCAAACCCAUGGGUCAAUGAUGACAAUCUAGAAAUAAUAUCAUUUUAGCUUUUCAACUUUCAGAAUUCCAGUAGUCAGCAAUACUUUUCAUUGUCAUAAGAAUAUCCCAAGAUUGAGAGCAUUCAUUUUCCAGAGCAUUCAUUUUUGAUUAGAUUUUUAAGAUUAUGGAAAUGUUGAUGGCUUGAAUUUGCGACUAUGAAAAGGUAUUUUUAUCUAGAAAUUGCUAUUACUUGCUUUAUUUAUUCACUUUAUUUCUACGCAAAUUUUUAUUUUGAAUUCUUGAAGCUAAAGCCUACAUACAUUGGAAAGAUUAUCAGACUUGAACUGUAUAUCAACAUGUUGUUUAUUAAUAUACUGUAUUGAAGGAAGUUGGGUAAUUGAAAAAUUACAUGAUAAAAUUGUGAGAUAUUCCCUGCUUUAUUAAAAUGCUUAUUAAAGAUUUAUAUUUGUUAAUGGUUAUGUAUUUUUCUGUUGAAAUAUUUAUUUUAUGCUGUAUUUAUAGAAAUAUGUAGAAUAUCUUAAUUAUGAAAACUGUUUUGAUAAAAAAUCAUCAGUUUGUGAGAAAUAUUCAAACUCACUUCUUAUUUUUUUGAAACGGUCUGCAGUGCACUUCUCAUUAAAUCUAACUUGUAUUGAAUAAAUUUGAUAAGUCACUUGUUAUUAAUCCAGUGACUAUCCUUGCCAUAAAGAAAGAUGUAGGCUUAUUUAGAAUUUUACUGCACUAAGUACCAGCAUUUGAUCAAACUAUUUGCAUGUAAAUUAAAAUUUAUUAUUGAAGACAUUAAAAUGUCAAAAUAUUUGAUUUAUUUUCUAUAAGGUCACAAGGUCAUAUUAAGUAAUUUGGGCUAUAAUGUAACUAAUUUUUAUCUUUAGUAUGUUUUGUCUUUCUUUAUAAGCUCAGUAUGAAGGGAUCAAUGAAGUAUAAAUAAGUACUAAAAUCAUUAUAACUAUGUAAUAUAAUGCACAUAAUGAAAUAAAAUAAAAUAAUAUAUUUUAUGCUA